AUGUCACCAAGUCCGGAGUCCGCGGGGACGUCGGGAGCAGGCGACAAGGUGAAGCCAGCUCCAGAGGCCCCCUCGGCGCCGGCGGCGGAAAUCACUACACCGGAAACUAAGAAAGCCCAAAGCAUCACACAAAAGGCAAAAACAAAAGUGACCAAGCCGCCGGUGACAGAAACUUCCACCGUCCCGACAAAAAAGUACGUGAGUAGACUUUCAGAAGCCAAGGCCAAUUUGGACAAAGCAAACGAGCGUCUAAAGGAAUCGGGCAAUAUCAAAACAAUAAUUAAAGUGGAAGUAAAACAAGCCCUAGAGCGACUAUACGCACUAGUAAAGGAGGCGGAGGCAGAACUGGCUAGAGAGAGAGGAAAAGGGACCAACGCGACAAAGCCGGCGACUCCAACAGAGCCAGAAGACAAAACCGCACAACCGGAUCCCACGCUGGAAAUAGAAUCGAGAGAGAAGGAUGUGAGAGAAAGAUUUAACAAAAUGGAAGAGUAUAUGAAAGAAAACGAAAGGAGAAUGAUAGAGAGUGAAAGAAGACAGAGUGAACACAUAAAAAAGAUGGAUGAACUGAAGAUAGCGCUAGAGGAGCACAAGGAGAACAUGAAAGGGGCCACAUAUGCCAGCGUGACAGCGACGCGUCCAAAUCACCCUCAACGAAGCACUCUGCACUCGGUUGUAGUCACAUCAACCGAUGAAACGGAAACUGGUGAGGCCGUACUGGAGAAAGUCAGAAAGACAGUCGACGCGAAAGACGGAUGGAUAAGAGUGGAGAAAGUGAGAAAAGCCAAAGACAGGAAAGUAAUCAUGGGAUUCGAAACCACGGAGGAGAGAAAAAGGCACUGGAAAGGCUUUCGAAAGAAGGAACAAACUUGUGCGUAG